GGCGUUAUUGUGGAGGUAGGACCGGGAGGGUGCGGUCACGCCCGCUCCCGUGGGUGUGCGAGGCGCGUGUGCAGGGAACAGUGCCGGCUGGGGCUCAGUGGCGGUCUGUGAGACCGCAGAAGGGCCCCGGAGCGGUGCAGAGACCCGAGAAGGCAGACGUGCAGAGGUGUGCUGACAUUUUGGACGAGAAAGAGGGACUGAUAAAGAGUGGUGGAGGGUCAGAAAAGUCAACCAUCACACCAGAGAUACACCGGAAAGCAAAUGGAUUUCAUUAUUCUCAAGGUGAACGGCCAGGACGUGUCACGGGCCAGUCACGAGGAGGCCGUGAGGGCCUUCCAGGCAGCUCGUGAGCCGAUUGUGGUCGAGGUCCUGCGCAGACCGUCGGCCGCUGAUGCAGUUCGCAGUGACGCCAACCUCAACCCCCGUCAGGAGAGCGACGAUGGCACAGAGGCGGUCGGGGUCACUGCGGCCACGCAGACCGUCUCAUGGCCCGAGUUUCCGCCUCCACCGCCGUUCGAAGACGAUCUCCAUGACGAAGACGACCCGUGCUUUGACGAAGAGGGCGACCCGCAGCUGGACUUCCAGGAGGUGACCCUGAACCGGUCGCUGACCUCUGACCUGCUCGGGCUGACCCUGUUCUACCCCGACGGUGAUGAGGCGGACGAAGAGACGGACGUUCUCGUUCAGGACAUCGAGCCCGGAGGGAUCGCCGAAACCGACGGCCGGAUCCAGCCGGGGGACCAGAUCGUGCAGAUAAACGGUGAGGAUGUGUGCAGCAAGGAGCAGGCAGAGCGGCUCCUCUCGAGCCAGCCGACAGUCACACUACUCGUCUGUCGGCCAUGGGAACAGGACGACGAUGGCUGCCACCGGAACCGUGCUGACGCCGAAGAAAUUAAUCACUCGUCUCCUGAAUAUGUUGAACCACCGUUGGACAAUAGGGCGGUGGACACACUAUCAGGGGACAUUGGCCCCGAGCGAGACUCCCAGGAGAAGCGAGACACAAUGAGAAGUAGCAGCACCAACAGCAGCUCCAGCAGCGUCAGCAGCGCUAGUAGCGGCAGUGUUAAAAGCUGUAGUUCUCAAACUGACCGCCAGAGGCGCGGCGAUCUCUCAGUCGACAGUGAGAUGAGGUCGGUGCACAGCCAAAUGGCGUUGAUUCAACGAGAGUGCGAGUCGCUCGCUCGGAGGCAGAGAGCUGCCCGUAGGAGGAUCAUCGAGGACCACAUCUACGAGACGAUCCCGGAGGACGGCGAGUCGGACGAGCCGCUCUACUGUCAGCCGUUCGAGCCGCGAGCGCCUCGCGAAGCGCCCGGCGACUCUAAAUCGCCCCCCGAGCCACCCUCGGGCCGACCAGUCAACCACCUUCCCGGCUGGAUGCGGACGGCAGAGCCCUGGACUCGUAGAAGCUCUACCAGUGACAGUCGCAGCAGCGGCGACUCGCGGCCGGGAGAGAAGCGACGCGAAGCGGGUCGCCAGCCGGUAGCCCUGGAGCUCACUGUCCUGGGAAGCGAGAAGCGAGAGUCAGCCCUGACGCUUCCCACUCGCGAAUCGGCGCCUCGCGCUUCCCGCUCGGGAGAGAGCAAGGAGGACCGGUGUAAACGGUGUCGCCACUGCUCCCGGACGACCAAAAACAAGAACGAUAUCAACAGCGCAAAUACAGCUGAGAAGAACCGCAACUACGUGACGAUUCUGCCGCAGGGAACCAGCUACACCAGCGCAGCAAAGCUGGAGGAAACCAUCCACCAGCAGCAGCGCCAGCUCUACCAGCAGCUGAUGCGCCGAACGCAAGAAAGAGCUCCGAACAGCAGCCAGCAGCCGGCUAACUCGCCGUUCACGGGCUCCCUGCGACAGUACCGCUUCGUCAGCUCCCCUGGCGGCGGUCAGCAGAACCACAACCUCACACUGCCUGCCAAUAGAGGUCAGGACGAGCAGCCGCAGUACCAGUACAGGGUAAAGGUGCGUUCAGACGGAUCUCGUUACAUCGCUCGCAGACCGAUGAGAAGUCAGCUGCUGAAGGAGAGAGCGGCGAGGAUUGCAGAGGAGAGGACAGGCAUCACGACCGACGACGACGCCAUGUCGGAACUGAAGCUCGGGAAGUAUUGGCCGAAGGAAGAGAAAAAGAGACAGCUGGAGCACGCCAAGGAAAAGAAACUGAAGCUACAGCAAAGGCUCAAGAUGACAUCUGUUCAGGAAGAAGGGACACAGGACGAACUGAGUUUGAGAAAACGCCAGGUCCUGCCUCCCGGCAUGAGUCCCAGUCUGUCGAAGAAGCCACCGCCGACACCGUCCAGAAGGCGACCUCACCACGACACCGGGGUCCGACAGGGGCCUCCCCUCGGCUCGGGUGUCCGACAGGGGCCUCCCCGCGGCACGGCCGACCUCCUGCUGUCCGUCACCACCGUGUGACGUCACAAAGUGUCCACCAGUGACGUCACUGUGCGUCCGCGGAACUCAGGACGGCCAGUGGAGCCUGCGGCCAGUGUGCUCAGAGCUCCCUCCGAGGCGGCAUUCAACGCCCACUGAUGGACGGCUGGCUUCUCCCCUAGUCACGAGGUCACCGUCCAUGCCCUGAUGCACCGGCUGCUGGUUUCAGAGACGCACUACUAAGUGACCCUACUAGGGUCAGAGUCCUACUACUGUGUGGCGCUGGCUAGUGACUCCAGAUGUCUCCGUCAUCUGUCAGUUCUAGCAUAGCGAUGUAAGUUGCUGAUUUGCCGUCGUAAAGUGGUGUAGUGUAAAGGGUACACGGGGUAUUUAUAUACCCUCAGUAAUGUCUUGUGACACAAGUACUGUACCCGUAUGUACUGCCACAGCAUUGUCCUUGCAUUAUCGUCGAAAGUUGAUCCUCAUAAGCGUUGUCGUAUGAGGGGUAAAACACGAAACGUCACCCACGAAUUAAGUAUCGAUAAGGCCUUCAGUCGCGUCGAGAAGAAUUUAUCUUGAUGACAUGCCUAUGUAUUUUCUUUUCUUUAUGAAUGUAAUGGCUGGUGGUGUGCUUUGACUGGACGUAACGGGGUUUGGUGUUGUAGAAAAAAAAAACACUCAAAAUGUAUCAAUUAGGAAAUAAAUCGCCGGCAAAAUGUUUGUAAGCACUCAUAAGGAAUAUGUGACGAUUUUUUGUCAUUUUUUUUGUAAGUGAUGCUUCGCUAAUUCGUGUAUUUUUAUUACAAGAUAGUUAAGGUCUGGCACACGUUGGUAAUCAAUUGAUGAAAAUGUUAAAUCAGCUGUUUGUUUAGAUAUAAGUAACUAUUAUUGGCACAUUUGCGCUGUCAGUCAAGCUCCACCUGAGAGGGCAUGAUGAGGAAUGUUGAGCGAUGGUCUUGUCGUGGUCAGGUGUUCACGGUUUGUUCUCCAAUUAAGUAAUUUGUGACUGGUGCCCAGCUAGGUACGGUUUAGCGCUAGCACUCUUAUUUCUGUGAUCGUUUUUAAGCAAGAAUUUGCUGGUGCAAUGCACAUGGAUGUGACCAAGAAUAUAUUCGGCCAGAAUAAUAAA